AUGUUUCACGUUUCGCCUCCCCUGCGUCUCGCAUUCCCGGUGCACCGGGACACCACGAAGGUCCCGCGCAUGCUGAAGGAGGUGGGCACGUGGCUGUACCAGCAGGAGACCGUCGACGCCUUUCGUCUGUGGUGCAAGGCGAAUUACGUGCGGGGGCACAAGAAUGUGAAGGUGGUGUCUUCCAUGCACUACGCACGGUGUCUGCGGGCCGCGCGGCACUUGCGCCCCGGUCAGGCGAUCAUCACCUGCCCGCACUCCGCCUGCUUCAACUUCCUGGUCGUCGCGAGGGAGAUGUACAACCUCAACGGCGCCGCCGCCACACACAACUUCCCACUGGAGGUGAACUGGAUGAACUACGACGAGCGCUGCAAGUUUCUACGCGGGGCCUCCAUGGCGGAGUUGGUCACCGCCGGCUGGAUGUGCCGCAUCGCCUCGCUGGAGGAGAGCAGCUUCACGCCGUACGUACGAUGGCUGCUGGAAGACACACGGGGGCGAGACGGCAUCGCAAACGGCAUGUCGAAGGAGCGCGGCGAGGAGAGCGGGUUGGUGGACCACUACCUCUCUGAAAUGGCCACCGACGCCUGCGAGGACCCGGAGGUAUUCCUGGAGAACCUCUUCCGCAGCUUUGCCGCGCUGCACCUUCGCGCCGUGCCCAUUGAGGCCGCGGCUAUCCGCCUCUUUAUUCCCGGCACAAACUUCUUCAAGACGAAGGCCGACGACAUGUUUGUCCCCACUCUCAUCCCGCUUGUGGAUGCCGUGCCGCAGAUGGAGGAUGACACCCACAACACCGUCGUGGAGUACUUUCCCUACGACGGGCGGUGCCCGGGGGCACUGGCGCAGCAGUGCCGCGAGCUGUUUCUUUCCGAGGAGGAGGGGCGGGCGAUGGAGGCGCAGCUCUCGCAAGGGACGGGGGACCGCGGCUUCUUUGCGUUGCGUGCGUUGUGCCCAAUUGACGAGGGCGAUCACUUGUACCUGCGCGGGGUGCCGAAGUUGGGCGACGCGGCGAAAGAGUCGAUGACGGUGAAAGUCAUGGAGGCCAACCGACUCAUGAAUAACGACUGA